GGGCCGGGAGACCUUGUCAAAGCAGUCAAGUAAAUCUUAAUCCCGAAUUUAUUUUUUCUUGUCGCGUCCGCUCACUGUGCGCCGCGUAAACAGUGGCUCGCUGGAACUGGCCAGGCCAUGGAAGUGUUUCCGAGUGCGCGUCGCCAACCUUUGACGUGCCAGUGUUAAAUUAUAAUUCAAAACAGCCAUGGAAAUCGUAGACGUCGAAGAAUGCCAGCCAGAGCCGUCGGUCGCGACGAGAAAGAGAAGUUUGUGGGCUAAAAUUAACAAUAGGACUACGUACAGCUACUUGUUUAACAUAGUGAUUUCGAUAUUGUUGUUAACGUGUUUAGUGUUAAUAUUGUAUUUCUUUAAGGAAUAUUUGUACGCGAUAUUAGUGUGGGUGGACGAGCAGGACCCUUGGAUAAUCUUUCUGUUGUUUAUGGGGUUGUUCCUGAUAGUGAGUUUCCCAGUGACUAUCGGGUACUUGGUGUUGAUAAUUACGAGCGGAUACCUGUUCGGUAUCGUAAAGGGCCUGGGGACGGUAGUGGUGAGCGCGAACGUCGGGGUGGCGGUGGCGCACUUGACGCUGAAGGCGCUGCGCGGGUUCCUGCCGCUGGACCGGCUGCUGAAGAACGAAACGGCGCGCGCGCUGCUCAAGGUCAUCUCGGGCCCGCAGGCCUUCAAGAUCGUCUUCUUCGCGCGCCUCACGCCCAUACCCUUUGGGCUGCAGAACACUAUAUUUGCUGUGAGCGACAUCAGCGGCUGCGGUUACCACCUGGCAACCAUGCUAGGAUUGUUCCCUGCGCAGCUGAUCAACGUGUACCUCGGCUCCACGCUGCGGUCCAUGCACGACGUGCUGCACGAGUCGCACGCCACGGGCUACGUGGUGUUCGCGUGCCAGAUCUUAAUCGGCAUCACGCUGAUGGUGUGGGUGGUGCAGAAGGCGCGCAAGGAGCUCACGCUCGCCAUCAUGGCGGCCGAGCUGGGCAGGGAGACCCCUUCCACCAGCAGCUCCAGCUAGCCCACGGCGCCCGAGGACAGCCCGGCCAGCCCCGCCAGCUAGCCAGACAGCGCGGCCAGGUCCGGCAGCGUAGCCAACUGGCCAGAGGAUAGUAACCCACGGAACGGAGAGGCGAGUGGUGUCUAUGAGUCCACGGCGCCAGAGGACACCGUGGCCAGUCCUCACAACAAGCCAGAGAAUGUGGCCGUUCCGGCCAAUUAGCCAGAGACUAGGGCCAGGUAGCCAGCGGGGAUGGAAUGGCUAGUGGUGGGUGUCUGCUUGUCCACAGACCUGGACAUAAGUGGGCCACCAGACAGUGUAGUAGAUCAGCCUCCAGGUGACAGUGUAGCUAGAGUGAAGCUGGUCUAUAGGCUUGGAUAUAAGUAGGCCUGAAGGGAGCGCACUUGCGUGCGAUCUGUGAUAUUAGACUAAGUAUUAUUAGGUACCCGGGAGUUCCUUAAGAUGGGCGCUUUCAUCGUCAACGUGGCCUUCACGUUGUAACAGUAUGCAUGAUUGUAUUGUACAGGACGAUAACGAAGGUGGAAAAGAGAUGGACAAUAUGCUACAGAUCGUAGUGGUGAAGUGUGAAUAACCUCUGAGAGAAAUGCUCAUACUUGACUUAUUCUUAGAACUCUUAGAACAUAUUGGUCGUUUAAACUGUGUAACGUAUAGACAUAAAGAUGUAAUUUCAUGAUAUUUUCUAAAACGACCUGUGAGAACUGCCAGUGAUCUCUUUAAUAUUUCUUAAGAACAUUUUGCCUGCAGUUUAAGAGUAGCGCUAACAAAUUUUGUAAGAUGAAACCUGGAGAAAGUGCCCUGAACUCGUCCACACGGUUAACAGACAAGUAGUAAAUCUUGCUGCUAAGACGUCUAGUGUUGAUCAUUUAACCCUUGAGACGUCAACUGACGUGCCCGGCCACAGCCCUAUAUCAACCUUCGUGCCGUUCCGACAAGGUUCACGACGACGCACCACCGCCGACAGGCGUGCCGUUCAAGGGGUUAACAGAUGUUACUAUUGUUAGUAGUGCUAGUACUUACUCGGGAUUUUUGGUUUUUCCUGGCAAAGGCGACAUAUUUAUUUAUCAUUAAUUAUAAACAGUUUUUAAACCGUGAUGCAACAAUAACACAACCUAUUGAUAUGUAAUCUCACUUGAUUUAAUUAUAUUUGUUCUUGAGUAAUGAAUGUAAUGAUAGAAAGGUAUGUCUCUUCAACACAUUUUUCGGGAAGUAAACAUCAGUGAGACAUCAUUGGACAAUGCCACCGCUCUAUUUCCGAGUCAAUACAAUGUGGCACGCGUCCGUAGGCGUAGGUAUUACACGUCGCAGUGGACAUGUUUAAUGUAUCGGAUAAAAAUGCGUCCGAUCGGCAUUCUGGCGAUUAGCCAAGAUGCCACCGAGGCAGACCGAGCGCCACUCAGUUACUCCGCAGUCAGAUGAGUUUCGAUUGAGUCCAACAAGGGCUGUAAAUAAGGGCAAUGAGGAAUGUGAAAGCUAAACCGGGUUAAACCAUUUCCUGUAGUUAUUUUAUCCCGUGUUAACCAGGAGACGACAGCAGCACAGUUAGGUAAAAAAAUGUGGCAUGAAUUGUUCAACAUUUUUCAUUCAAGAGACACUUCUGACAACUUAUGACAACAAAAAGUUAAUUCUUCUUCGUACAGAGUAUAGGAGAGAAAAGGUGGGUGAUUCCUCAUAUUGGGAAUACAUUAUAAUCAGUAAAUAAAUCACUCCCCAUUCCCCAUAACUUUAUUCAACAACCUGUUGUUUGAUUUCUGAGUUUGCUGGGAAUCUAUUUCUAUUCGGAGUAAUCCGGGACGAAACGUUGACUAAUUUUUGCAAGAAUAAAUUAAAACUGUUUUCCGCCACACAAAUAAGCUUGUUUUGCGGCGAUACAUUAUCUAAUCGGAUAAUUCGCGGGGAAACGAUGGAACCAAAUAUAUAUUAAGACGUGCUCACACUACAAUUUUCGACUUCAACAACUUCUUAAAGCAAUUAUAGCAAAAUGUAUAUAAAUCGUAGUUUUUUCAGUCAAGAUACAUAUUAUAUGUGUAAAUACAUAACUUACUAUUUUUUCAAAAAGUAUUUUGUGCUUACAGCAUCCAAAUAUACCUUUAACGGGUAGUUUUCUGAUAUUAAUGAAUGUUGCCAAAUUACGGCGGUAGGCGCGGUAGGGGAAGCGAGUUCGUAUUUUAAUAUUUAAAGUUUACGUUAUGGAACGGGUUUUCGACAAGGUAUUUAUUUUCUAUGAUUACUACUACAAUCAUGACCAUGUUUAGACACAAAAUUAAUAUGAAUUAUUCUAAUAGAUCAAUAUAAGCGGCAAAAAUAUCUGAACAUCAAAUAUUGUCAGCUAUUCAGUGGAGGGUUCAGAUAUUUUUGACCAACAUUUGGCAUUUAUUCUUAUGAGCUCGAGACUAUGUAACGGAUAUGUUAAAAUUAAAUAAUUAUUUAUUGAACUUAGUUUGUAAGCUCCUUCUAAUGUAUCCUAGCUUAAGUAGGUGUUUAUAUUACAAUUAAUAUAUUCAAUUCAAAUAUAAGUGACUUAAGAAACGCUAGGUAUUAGGCUAUUAGGUCUUACCGAUCCCUAUCGACAUUGUAGUUUGGGUUAAUAAUAACUUUUUAGUCAUAAUUAGUUUGGUUUGGGUCUAAUACUCAUAAUUCAUAAUUUAACUACUUACUACUACGUACAUACAAAUGUCUCAUUUGAGAUUUUGGUAACUGGGGCCGAAUUUUAAACUUAUUUGCAUAUGCUAAUGCGCUUUCUGUCCGAAGUCAUGUCAUAAUUGCUACUUAUAAUUAGCUUUUUUAACUAGAACUAAAUACCAGGAAGAGAAAAGAAACUCAACUUCUUUAAAUCUUGUUUUCGCCAUAUAAUUCUAUGGCAUUUGAUUUAAAUUAAAAAAUGUUCUUCCCUUUAAAACGUUUAAGACUGAUUAAUUUCGUGUUUGAUUGAGUAGGUAGCUAUUUGCUUUGCUAUUGAUAUCUGCAUUAGAUACCGUUGACACAAUUAUCUCACCAUUCUUCAACCUUAUUCCCAAGAUAUAAGGUCCAAUAAUGACAGUGGUCGCAGCAGUACCAAGUGGCGACUGAAGUUAUAAUGCCGUCCUUUUCAAUAGCGCUGUGUCUGAACACGCAUGAAAGAGACGAUUAUGACUUCAGUCGCCAAUUAGUAUUGUGGUUAGUAUAGUACCAUCGUCCACGCUGCUAAUUGACUAUUUGUGAGCCCUAUUGCAAGUAUACAAGGGUCAUCAUUGGUCAGUGAAAUGUUGCUGUUGGCUCGACCACUAGCUAAUCAAUCGUUAUCGCUCGCUAGUAGUUAUAUCGUUCUUAUCGUGCAAUAACAGAACUAACGACUUUUUGAUUAGUUGCAUUAAUCUAAUGUUUAUCUUUGUAUGAUAAACGCAGUGACCUUUGGGUUUCUUGAAGAGCAAAAACAAUAUGUAAAGGGUAAACACCUAUGAGAAAAAAAUGAAUACCUAUAUUUGUUUCAGACACCAGCUACCUAAACCACCACCAGCUAUACCUACUUCAUUGCGCAUAACGUCGCCUAAAAUGGCAAACCUCGUAACUCAGGAAUUUGCUAAUUUAUUUAUUAGAGGUAAUACCUAAAGCUGUAAAGUACUCCUGGGUUAACACUUAACAGCCGACGAUGGCAGCCUUUCAAUAUACAAUUCUUUUUAGUUUUUAAAUACUUACAAUUGAACAUGAUAAAAUCCAAUCUAACAACUACAAAUCCAAUACCUACAUAACAUGUUAUUAAAUUUUACUAAAAAAGUUAUAAGUGGAGGAUCUCGUUAUUCUAAAAAAUAUUGACUUAAUAAUAUGUCAAACUUAGCUUCUCGAAAGGUACUUUUUUAAGCUAUAUACCUACUUAAUUACUGUAAUUUGAAUUUCUAAAUUAUUCAACCUAUCCAAUCUUCCAAUUACCUUAUUAAUCUUAUUAUAUCCCCUAAUAAUAUACCUAGUAUCUUCUUGCAACGAAAUUCUAAAACUAUUUAUAUUAAAUUCUAAAUACUGUUGUGUGAAUUAUCACAUGUUUAAUUAAUAAUUAUUUCCAAAUGCACACUAGUAAGUGUACUAGUACUAGUAUGUGUACUGGUGUGCCGCCGGAAAGUUUCCAAAAUUGCUUGAAGUUUCCACUAGGAAUUAUUUCGGAAACUUCUCAUUAUUAUACAGGUAUAGAAAUUUUCAAUUUCCAAAAUGAAAGUUUCCUUUGUUACCUGUGAAACUUUAUUGAAAUUUCCGAGACCUUUUCAAGUUUUUGGAAACUUACCGCACUUGCACAACUAUAAGUGUGUAACUAAUUAAGAGCCUAAUCUAUGUGUAGGUACAUCGACGGAGCUGUGCCAUGAACGCUACGACAUUUCAGUAACCUAAAAGAACCUAGUCUUCUACAAUAAUAAUUCAGUUGCUUACCGACUUUCAGGAAUGUAAAAUGUGCUGAUUUACUGAACUAACAUAUAAAUUAUUAAAGUCACUUUAACUUUUUGCGCUUUUUCUGUUGCAAAAGUUUACUAAUGUUGUAAAAGAUGUUAACUACCACAUUUCAUAGGAUCCUUAUGCUUACUUAGGACGAUGUAGUAAGUCCUUACUCAACUUAGGACCCUUAGGUAUAAAAGACAGCAGAGUGUAACCCUUCUACAUCAUGUCCUCCCUAUCUAAUAAUACAUGUGUAAAUAUGGAGCUGUAUGUAAUAUAACUUAUGCACUUUCUUUGAUAUUGAAAAGUUCUGUGCCAAAUGUUUUUAAAUAAAAAGAUGUGAAUAUUGUGGAUAUUAAAAAUCAUGUAAUUACUUAUGUAUUAAAAUUUUUAGCGUUAGCAGCUAUCGCUUGUUUGCUUUGUAACAUUAUUACAAGGUAUCCCCUUUAUUUCAAAAAUAAUAAUGUGUAAAUUGUAACCCCUUCAUAAGUGUUAAAGUGCUCAGAAUCUUUAACGACGUCACUAUUUUUGUAAUAAUUAAGCAAAUCAAACAAGUAUAAAUUAUACUACCUAAUUGCAUUUAUUGUUAACGAAUUUAUUUUGUUGUUAUUAUGUUUAGUAUAAUAAUUGUUAUCUGGCGACUAUUUUGGUGGUAAACAGUCACAAAGAAGUGGUUAAUCGGAGCCUUAAAGUAAUAGGAUAAAUAACUAAUACACAAUUUGUCUUAUU